AUGCCACCAUCACGCCUCCCCACCAAAGCCGAUUUCCCUCAAAACCUCACCCUAGACAUCAUUCCACCACCAUCCGGAUCACCUAUCAAUAUCCUUAUACUCCUCCACGGCCUGGGAGACACACAAGCCUCUUUCAGUUCCCUUGGCAAAAAUCUCAACCUACCAGAAACAGCCUGUAUAUCCAUCCGCGGUCUGAAUCCCAUCCCGCCAAUAUUCACAGGCUCAGACACGCCAGCUUUUCACUGGGGAGAUGAUGUUCUAGUUGAUGAAAGCAAGGGAGAGACUGAUCCUGAUGCCGGGUUCAAGAUGGUGGAGAGCGUGCUUGGUGGGAUUGUAUUGAAGGCUUUGAGAGAGAAGUGUGGAAUUCAGUCAAGAAAUAUUCUAUUUCUAGGAUUUGGACAAGGCGGUAUGGCGGCUUUGCAUCUUGCUUCUUUGGAGAAGGAGGAGCUGGGUGGAGUAAUUAGUAUCGGAGGACGAUUACCUGGCUCGUCUGCUUUAUCUACAGCAUCGGCCAAAUGCAAGACCCCAAUUGUUCUAUGCGGAGGAAGUAGAAGUUCUCAAGUCACGAGGAGCGCAGUUGAUGCGAUUAAGGCGAGGUUCACGGAUGUGGAGUACGUGAAGUGGGAGAAGCCGGAUGAUUCGAUGCCCAGGAAUAGGGAGGAGAUGUUACCGCUGAUGAGAUUUCUGGCAAGGAGGUUGAGAAGUAGAGCUGGAGUACCAGAGGGUGCUGUUGAGGUGUGA